AUGAGCCUAUUCUGUUCUUUUGGGUUUUCUUUUAGCUCUUGGGCUUGUCCUGUUCUGAACCUGGAUGACUACCUUGCUGCUGUUAAGAGGAUAGAAUGUGCAAACGAAGAGGAUGGAGACGGUGCAGACAUGGAAGUGGAUGGGCAUGAGGUUGAGCAACAACAAUAUUUGAAUGGAAAGGCGCUAUAUGAUGUGUCUAGUGGUGCCCCAAGAAAGCAUGGGUGUCUUGCCAUAGCAAAUGGUGCGGUUAAGUCUUCAGAUGUUAGGGCAGCCGGAAGGGAAAUAAGUGUGCGUCCAUCAAAUUCAGUGACUAUGCAAGACAUGUCUCGAGAAAUGGAAGAGCUACGUCGUGCAAAUGGAAGGCUGCAACGAGAGAAUCGUGAAAAGGACAACGCACUGCAACAAAACAAAGUUCUUGUAAGCUUGGUACUGAACCUUUACCAGGAGACAGGACGGGUUGUACCAGAAGAAGCGUUACGACACUUGUCCGCUACGCAAGCAAUUGCAACUAGGUCUUCUCAUGCUGUUUCAGAUUCUGCCAACAAUGGUAAUGAUGUUGGCCACACCAAUGGGGAUCUUUAUGCUGCAAAUAUUGACAACAAUCAAGGUUCUGACAACAAUGGCGAUCAUGCAUCGAUAAUGUAA